AUGGAUUCUGGGCCGGGCUUUGAGGCCUCCCAACCUUCCAGCGGCUCAAGUAGCAACAGUCAUCCACUCCCGCGGCUUCGUGGCAGCAGUCUUUCGCAGUAUGGGCGUGAUCCUCUGACUGGUGAUCUUCGUCAGCCCAUUUCAUUCAAGCGCAAGCAUAAGCAGCGGUCUGGUUUUAGUCUGUCAAGUCUGUCCAAUAUCUUUACGAGCGAGUCCAACGGACAUUCAAGUUUCAGCCGCGCGGCAUCCAGAAACGUACCCUCCACGGAAGAUGAUUCGCAGCCGGUCGGCGAGAGUUCUCAGCGAAAUGGGAACUACAAUAUACAAAAGGAAGGGGGCCUGUUGGAUUGGUACGUAGAAGGUCCAGGGCGACGGGUUGGCUACGAUGACUUUACUGCUAUCGAUUGGAUAUUUGAGUACACUAAGGAGCGACAAAGAAAGCGACUUCUGUCAGCGAGUGGGCAAGGAAUGCUUGGUUAUGCUCGCAAGCUUUUCGAUGCCAGUAAUGUUUGGUUAGUCCUGAUCGCAACGGGAAUAUCAGUUGGGAUUAUCGCUGCAUCUAUCGACAUCGUUGGAGACUGGCUGGGGGACAUCAAAGCUGGGUAUUGCAAGAAUGGUCCAGGAGGAGGAAAGUUCUACCUGAACCGUAGCUUUUGCUGCUGGGGUCACGAAGAAGACCCUUCCAAUUGUAUGGACUGGACUCCAUGGGGGAAAGCUACUGGGGCUAGAUCAUCGGCUGGGGCUUACGCAGUCGAGUAUAUAUUUUAUACACUCUACUCUGUACUUUUCGCCGUUUGCGCUUGCAUGUUGGUCAGAAACUAUGCGAUUUAUGCGAGACAUAGCGGGAUACCUGAGAUCAAGACAGUCUUGGGUGGCUUCAUCAUAAAGCAUUUCAUGGGACCUUGGACCCUUGCGAUCAAGUCCUUGGGUUUGUGUCUGUCCGUCGCAUCCGGCAUGUGGCUGGGCAAAGAAGGUCCGCUUGUCCACGUCGCAUGCUGCUGUGCCAGCGUCAUAAUGAAGACUUUCGAUAGUCUGAACAGCAAUGAAGCGCGAAAACGAGAGGUACUCUCCGCGGCGGCCGCCGCAGGCAUAUCUGUUGCGUUCGGGGCGCCAAUUGGUGGCGUCCUGUUCAGUCUGGAGCAAUUGUCGUAUUACUUCCCUGACAAGGCAAUGUGGCAAAGCUUUGUCUGCGCCAUGGUAGCAACAGUUACUCUUCAAGCGCUGGAUCCCUUUCGCACUGGGAACAUCGCUCUCUAUGAAGUCAAGUACACCAGAGGAUGGCACCGUUUUGAAAUGAUACCAUUUAUCAUUCUUGGUAUUGUGGGCGGUCUUUACGGGGCGUUCCUCAUCCGGCUGAAUAUGCGGGUUGCGAAAUGGCGGCGAACGCGAAGUUUUUCCCGUCCAAUCAUCGAAGUUGUGAUUGUGUCUCUUCUCAGCGCCCUGAUAAACUACCCUAAUAUCUUCAUGAGAGCCCAAAACUCGGAACUUGUCCACUCUUUAUUCGCCGAGUGCAGUACAGGAAACCCUGAUCCUUUCGGCCUGUGCAAAACUGGGGCAGCGUCAGCCGGUACGGUAGCUCUUCUACUGGUAGCUGCUGUCCUGGGCUUUUUCCUCGCAACGAUGACAUUUGGACUGGACAUUCCUGCCGGUAUUAUCCUUCCGUCGUUUGCAAUUGGUGCUUUAUAUGGACGCGCUCUCGGUACCGCUUUCAAAAUAUGGCAGGACUCCUACCCAGGCUUUUUUCUCUUUGGUAAUUGUGAGCCCGACAUUCCUUGUGUGACUCCGGGGCUCUAUGCGAUUGUCGGAGCAGCUUCAGCCCUUGGCGGCGCUACAAGAAUGACCGUCUCAAUUGUUGUCAUCAUGUUUGAACUCACAGGCGCCCUUACCUACGUCAUCCCCAUCAUGAUUGCAGUCAUGCUGUCCAAAUGGUGCGGAGAUAUCUUUGGCAAGCGCGGUAUCUAUGAAUCUUGGAUUCAGCUCAAUGAGUACCCAUUCCUUGACCACCGUGAUGAUACCACUCCUCCCGACGUCCCUGCUCAUACAGUCAUGACAAAGGCGGACGACAUUACUAUUCUUACCGCCGUUGGCCAUACAGUGGGGUCUCUUCGCAACCUUCUGCAGACUACCUCAUACCGAGGAUUCCCUGUCGUUACUGAAGCCUCAAAUCCCGUUCUCCUCGGUUACGUUUCCCGUAACGAACUUUCUUUCGCCUUGAAGAACCCAACAUCUCCGUCCGGAGAGGAGCUCCAUAAUGCGACCCAGGCCUUCUUUGCGCAUCAACCAUUCGCAGAUCCGAUGGACACCCUUGACCUUCGACCCUGGAUGGACCAAACACCUAUCACUCUAAACAGCGGCACAACGUUUCUUAUUGUGCUCCGAAUGUUUCAGAGACUCGGGCUUCGCUACGUUCUAUUUGUGAACAAGGGUAUUCUUCAGGGACUACUUACGAAAAAGGAUGUUUGGUUUGUUAUUAAUGAUCCUGCAUCUCGUAAAAACGAGUGGGCUAGUGACCCUCUAGGGGAGGCCGACACUGCUGAAGAGAUUGGGCUACUUCAAGGCGAUGAUGCUUCCAGCAUUGUUCCCCCGCUGACUCCCUUGGAUCGGCGACCCUCACUUUAG